GAAUUGAGAUCUAUCUCUCUUUUCUUUCUCUCUGUAGUUCUUCUUUCUCUUCUGUCCUGAAGUGAUCAUCUAUUUAUAUACAAUGUUUUUACUGUAGCCAUAUAGUGAUCAUCAACUGAGAAAAGAAGAGAAGAGUUUAUUUACACUUUUCAUCUACACCGUUCAAUUAUGAUCUAGCUAGUAGUACUACUAGUGCAUCUAUCUUCUUCUUUACAGCAAUAUCCCAUUCUAAAACUCAAACUUGCAGAGAAAUAAGUAGUAGCUGCGGUUUUAGUCCUCAUGGCUCAUCAAAGUUCUAAUCAAUAAUAUAAGUAUCAGCUGCAGAGAUCAAGCUUGAGUUUCAUUCUCUCUCACAGCAUAUCAUAGAAUAAUUAGGGUUUUGUUUUUGUAGUCUAGAGAUAAUGGAGGAUUAUUCACAAAUGGAUGAGCAGAAUACAUCAUCAACACCAAGGGGGAAUAGUUUCUUAUAUACAACACCUAUUGUUUCUCAACAUCAUCAUCAUCAUAAUAAUAAUAAUAAUAAUAAUCUAGCCACCAUCAGUACUGCUUUUCAUCUUCAAUCAGGGUCGACAGCAGAAGGAGACGAUGAUCAUCAUCAACAUCAGUCUAAUAAUAUAAAUUUCCUUUCUCAUCUCCAACAUCAUCAUCAUCAGCAUGAACAAGCUCAUCAUCAUCCUAUUGUGAAGACAGAAGCUGUUGGUGCUACUUAUUCUCAACAACAACAGCAGCAACAAAUUCAGAAUCAUCAAGAAUUUCAUUACCCUUCUCUAAUGAGAGGAGGAGGACAUGGGAACCCACAACAAGAAACAGUUCAACAGCAUCACCAGCAGCAACAACAACAAAGGCAACAAGGAGGAGGGUUUAAUAAUAGUAACAAUAAUUUGGAAGCCAUUAAAGCCAAGAUAAUUACUCAUCCUCAAUAUUCGAACCUUUUAGAAGCUUACAUGGAUUGUCAGAAGGUAGGAGCACCACAAGAAGUAGUUGCAAGACUUACACACGCUAAACAGGAGUUUGUCGCAAGGCAAAAAUCUUCAUUGAUUAAUAGAGAUGCAUCUUCUUCUUCAUCAGCAGCAAUAGAUCCAGAACUUGAUCAAUUCAUGGAAGCCUACUACGAUAUGCUAGUGAAAUAUCGAGAGGAAUUAACAAGACCAUUACAAGAUGCUAUGGAUUUCAUGAGAAGGAUUGAAGCUCAACUCAAUACCCUUGUCACUAAUGGACCUAUUCGUGUCUUCACUGAUGAAAAGUGUGAAGGGGUUGGUUCAUCUGAAGAUGACCAAGAUAAUAAUAGUGGGGGUGAAGCUGAACUCCCAGAAAUUGAUCCUCGUGCUGAAGACAGAGAGCUAAAGAAUCACCUAUUGAAGAAGUAUAGUGGUUACUUGAGCAGUCUGAAACAAGAACUUUCUAAGAAGAAAAAGAAAGGGAAACUGCCAAAGGAUGCUAGACAGAAGCUACUGAAUUGGUGGGAAUUACACUACAAAUGGCCAUAUCCAUCGGAGUCUGAGAAGGUAGCCUUGGCUGAAACUACUGGUUUGGACCAGAAACAAAUCAAUAAUUGGUUUAUAAACCAAAGGAAACGACAUUGGAAGCCAUCCGAAGAUAUGCAAUUUGUGGUGAUGGAUGGUGGGUUACACCCACCAAACACCGCACUUUAUAUGGAUGGUCACUUCAUCGGCGACGGUAGUUACCGCCUGGGCCCCUGAUCACCUGCUAGUAUGAUAUAAUAAUCUGGGCGAGAUAAGGUUUUUAUGUAUUCAUUGAUGUUCACAAUGACCUGACAUGGAUAAUGUGCCAUGUAUUUGUUGUAUCUGGACGUAUGGUUUUAAAUGUAAGAUAUUGUCAUAGCUAGGAGGUUAUGUAUAUGUUCUUUUGGCAAGUAUUUCAAGAUGAAAGACUGUUUUAAGUUUCAAAUGAACCACAUUUUUUGUAGUUC